GCAAAAUUCUUGUUUGAGAAAUUGCUCAUGCUAUGAAGAUAUUUCUGUUUCUUUUUGACCAUUUUAUUUUCAAACAAUCACAAUAGGGUACUUAAUUGAUACCCAGAAAUGAUUUGAUAUUGAUAUUUUAAAAAAUGACUGCAUUGGACCUUUAAACAAGGCGGCAUUGAUCAGACUACCCACGCUGUGCGGCGCGCGCUAGUGUCUGUUCACUUUUGAUGAAGGGACACGUUGAAGUAGCUAUAGGCUUCCAUAGAAAUCAUAUUUUUGUGACUGAUAAUCCAUUUCCUAACCUGUCGUAAUUCGUUAAAUAAGAGGACAAAGACAGACAAUGCUGCGAGUAUACUGCCGAUGAUAAGAUCUCACCAGCCGAAUGCACUGAGGAGGACUUAGAGCAGGAUUGAGUGAGGAGGAACUCUCUCAGUUCUGUACUCAGGAUUAUUGGGUGUGGCUUAGGGCAGAGCUGACUUAGCCAAUCAAACCUGAGGAAGUUCCCCUGACAGCCUGCUGUCCUAAGGGGGUGACUGUUAGUUCUGCUUGCACCUACAGUAUUCCACUGGGCCCUCCAGCCGCUCCCUGGUCUCUGAUGGAGGGCAGCCCAGAGAAGCAGAAGCCCAGCCCGCGACACCGGCCCAAACCCAGUGGCCCCUCCACACUGACUCUGGGCCAGUCCCGCAGCACAGAGGACCUAUCUGAGAGCCUCCCCAGGGCCAACUUUAGGAAGGGCUUCUCCCUACGUAACGUCAGCCUGUGUGUGGUGGACGGGGUCCGGGACAUGCUCCAGAGGAGCCGAGGAGCCUCUCCAGAACCCCGCUGCAGGCUCAACGGGGAUACGGGAGGGUGUUGGAGUCCCCGCCUGCUGCGUAUGCCCCGGGGAUCCCGCUGUGCUGCCCUGAGGCCCCUGCCAGCUGAGGUGCAGAGGGAAGGAGCCCUGCGUUACAUGGUGGCAGACGACUCGCACAGCAUGGGCAGCAAUGCUCAGUGGCAGAAGUGUCGUCUGCUGCUGAGGAGGAUGAGAGGAGGAGGAGAAGGAGGGGUCACUGAAGGGGAGGGGGGAUUCCUGCUGGAGUUCUAUGUGCCACCCAAGUCGUCCAAGCCCAAAUUGAGUGUUCCUCUGACAGCCGUCAUGGAGGUGCGGACCACCAUGCCACUGGAGAUGCCAGACAGGGACAACACCUUUGUCCUCAAGGUGGAGAAUGGAGGAGAAUACAUCCUGGAGACAUUGGACUCCCUGCAGAAACACUCCUGGGUGGCUGACAUUCAGGACUGCAUAGACCCGGGGGACAGUGGAGAUGACAUUGAGCUGUCUUCUUGUCCUCAUGGCCAGUUCCCCUCGGUGUCCACCUGUAACUGUGAGCUCACGGCUAACAUACCCAAGACCCCUCAGCACCGUGCUGGUCCUUGUGGCCCCUCAGGGCCCCGCUUUCGGACCCUGUUGGCCUCCCCUUUACACCCCACCCAUGUCCCCCUAGAACGGUUCCUCCAGUCACUGGAGUCCAACAGGCCUGGAGCAGGUGAAGGAACACCCCGCUCUGAGAUGGACACCUCUCUGACCUGCUACCCUUGGUUCCACGGUACACUGUCUCGAGUGAGUGCUGCUCAGCUGGUGUUGGUGGGCGGAGCCCGGAGCCAUGGGCUCUUUGUGAUUCGCCAGAGUGAGACGCGCCCGGGAGAAUACGUCCUCACAUUCAACUUCCAGGGCAAAGCCAAGCACCUGCGUCUGUCUGUGGACUCUCAGGGCCAGUGCCAUGUGCACCACCUGUGGUUCCAGAGCGUGGGGGACAUGCUGCAGCACUUCCACUGCCACCCCAUUCCGUUGGAGUCCCGCGGGGCUGCAGAUGUCACGCUGCGAUCCUACGUCCAGACACAGCGCAGCCGCCCAGAGCUCUGUGUGUCUCGGAUGUCCACCCCUACCAGAGAGCCUGGCUGUCGGAACGGCCUCCACCAAUUGGCACAAUUCUUUCCCGGAGUCUUGCAGCCAGUUGGUGGAUCUGUGGACUCUCCUCUUCCCCCUAGUUCCCCUGCUCUACCCCGCAUCCUGCCUCCCUUCCCCAGACUAGAGGAUGGGGGUGAUGGUGGCUUACGGAGCCGCAGUGGCAGCAUAGAGCAUCUUCUACCGCCCUCUGGUGGCUCAGCUGAUGAACAGCAGGAGACUGAGGGAGCACAAAGAACAAGAGCAGUAGAGAACCAGUACUCUCUCUACUGAGGAACCUUGACGUCAUAUAUGACUCUGACAGCAUCAGGAUCAGAUAUCUGUUUUGUCAAAUGGAUUUUGCAGAUGGUGGAACAGGUUUGGAGAGCCUUUACGCACAAAAUAUAUUGAUGAAUAAAAACAAUAUAUUGGUUUGAUUCAUCCUGAAAGUUGUCAUAUUCAAGUUUAGUCCCUGAAAUAUUGGAUGGUGGAAAAAAAGUGUACAACAGGGGUUGAACAAUAGUCCUAUGAAUCUACCCUAAUCCUCACGAAUCAUGGAACUGUAUAACAAAAGUCCAGUCGUAGUGAACUGUGCGCCAGGCUCCAGGUUUAACCUGUUAUGUGUGUUCUGAGUUUCAUAAUGAUUCAAAUGGCUACAUGCCCCAAAUUAUUCCACAACGUUAGCCUAAUAUGACAAACUAAUGCUAUAGCGACCCUCAGGAAACACACGGACAUGACAGAGUAAAGAAAGGUAAGGUAAUGGAAUGAUGGCAAAUGUAAGCUACAAGAAAACAAACACUAAAGUGUCACUUGUAAAUGUAUCAGGGUAUAACUGACAGUGGCUCCUGAUAGAGGUUAAUAUUUAACAUGAUACACAUUGUAAAAGAAAAUGGAGAAAAGCCCAGGCGUAAGCUGUAAUUACAACAUUCUAAAGCGCACACAUCAACUCGGCAGGUUCAGCCUUACAGAAGCUUUGGUCUCCAAAUUAAAUCCAUACAAUUUACGAGGGCACAAUUAAAAUGUUGAAUAACGGCACAGCUAUUUAUAGCCUAUUUCACUGUGGAAAAGAGGCCGUAAAUCAUGUCAUGUUGAUGUGGUUUUCAGUUUGCUUCCAUAUGGCUGGUUUCACAUUCGUCUCCAGGGAUCAUAAGGAAAAAUCAUCUAAAACAAUUGCUGUGCAUUUACAAUCCCCUUCUCCAAACGUAUUACUCAUUUACCUAGCUCUUAUCAAUAGUUAUUUUCAAUUUAUACAUUACAGUGAAUGGAGACUGCUGUUAUUUCUUUCGGGAAAUAUAGUUAUUUCUAAUCGCUCAACCUCAUUCAUGGUUUUCUCGCCACACCAUUUCUUAGACCUCCCCCUCGAAUGAAUAGCGGGUGAAUAGCAUGCUGUUAUCAUGCUUAAGUUCAAGGUAGGAAUACGCAUAGAGCUAAAAGUGCAUAAAAAGGAAGUAACGUUCCAUUUACGCGCGUUUAACUCUAACUCUGGUCGGAGUGGAUGGGGACUGGCAGUGAACUUGAGAUAACGACUUGUGGUAGUUGUCAAUGUCAUGGAAUCUCAGAGCUAACACAUGACAAGGAAGAAGAGGAUGAUACACCCCAGUGGAUGGAACUGUUAUAUUCAACCUCAUCCUCUUCAUCCCUCCCAGAUCUCAGUCAUCCCCUUUGAUCAAAAGACUGGCCCAAUGUCUGUACCAUAAUAAAUUGAUUCUCUAGUGAGUUUCAUAAAUCCCUUGGCCCCAUGGAGUAUUACCAUUAGUCAACAGGGAGCAAUAUGUAAUAAAAACAUUUACAGAAAUGCCACUGUGCUUGCUACUAUGACAUGUUGGUGUACCUUCCUGAAUAAAAUUGUAUCAAAUGCAAAAGAAAUGUAAAGGCCCAGUGCAGUCAAAAAUGUGAUUUUCCUGUGUUGUAUAUACAGUGCAUUCGGAAAGUAGUCAGACCCAUUGACUUUUUCCACAUUUUGUUACGUUACUGCCUUACUCUAAAAUUGAUUACAUAGUUUUUUUUACUCUAGUCAACCAAGUUAUAGACUGCUCUCUCUGCUUCCGCACGGCAAGCAGUACCGGAGGACCAAGUCUAGAUCCAAAAUAACACCUAGUUUUCAGGUUACAUAUCCCUCCCACCAGGCUCGUCCAAUUAGGCCCCUCAGACCACUCCGACAGUCCUAGUAAAAUUCUUGCUUGACAAAUUGCUCUUACAUAAGUAGCGAGUGAUGACGCAGUGCACAUACAAAUACAUUUUGUGGUUUCUCAUGUACCAAAAAAAAGGGGUUUCAAUCGCAUUUUGAACUCUACUGAUGAUUUUCUCACAAAAAAAAUAGCAUUAUAUGGCAAGUGUGCCCAACUUGGUAUUGGCAAGUGCUCUAGUGUACGCAUAACAUACAUGAUAAGAUUAUAUUGACAAAAGAGCAAUAAAUAUAUUUGUUAAAUGUACGGUAGCCAAGCAUCGAUUAUCAUGUCACCAGAAUAAGACCCUAGAUA